AUGCGCGCGCGCGCGAGCGAGGCGCGCGCGGCGACGCGCGCGGCGCACGAGUGGUUGCUCGCGUGCACGCACUGGUUCUUCGUCGCGCGCGCGUGGGCGCGACGCGUCGUCGACGCGACGUUUCGCGCGCUGGGAUGCGAACGAUUCGAACCGCGGCGAGGGCUGCGGCACGCGAUGCGCGCGAUGAACGCGGAGCUGCGACGAAGGGUGGGCGGAUACGAAGGGUUGGGCGGCGACGCGCCGAGACGACCGCCGAGGACGCUGAGCGUGAUCGCGACGUGUGGAGAGGGAGACGGCGAUCUGGAGAGGUUCGUCGAACGCGCGGUGAACGUCGCGCGGUGGUGCGCGCGGUGUGGGGUGGAACGCGUGAGCGUGUACGAUGGCGGCGGACGCGCGACGACGACGCGCGGAAUCGAGGCGCUGCGCGAGGCGCUGGAGACCUCGAGGCGAGAUCGCGAGGGCGUGGGGUACGUCUUGCGCGUCGUGGACGCCGAUGACGGUGGUAAGAUUCGAGAGUGCGCGCGUGGGGCGAGCGCGGGGCGCGGGGAGGCGUCGAUCGAUGUCGACGCGUUGGGACCGAGGGACGCGUGCGCGGCGCUGCUGGACGCGGCGAGACACGCGGAAUUAGAUGAAGGCGACGAUUCGCUCGAGGGUGCCAUCGCGAGCGCGCGGGAUGGUGACGGCGUGGAGUGGGCAAAGUUCAAAUAUAAACCCGACGUCGUGCGUUUGGAGCGUUGGAUGCGCGAGCGAGGGACUUUCCUUCCGCCCGCCGACGUCGCCGUCGUCUUCGGCGCGACGUUUCAUCUUCAGGGCUACCCACCGUGGCAACUGCACGCCGCGGAGUUGUUCCACGAGGAAUCAUUAGAUAGAUUUAGUCGUCGCGAUCUCGCGCGAGUCAUAGACAAGUACGCGAAGACUGCGCAAAGAUUUGGCAAAUAG